AUGGCGCCGGUACUCGGGCGGGUUCAAGGAACUGACCUGAAGGUUGCGGUUAUUGGUGAUGAGGAUACGGUCGCUGGGUUUCUCAUGGCAGGCAUUGGCAUGAGAGAUGGACUUGGCCGCACAAAUUUCUUUGUCGUAGAUUCAAAAACGAAGCGACAAGAUAUUGAAGAGGCUUUUCGCACGAUGACUGAGAGACAAGACAUCGGCAUCCUGCUCAUCAACCAGCACGUCGCCGACGACAUUCGAUACAUGGUAGAUCUCCACACCAAAAUCAUUCCGACAAUCUUGGAGAUUCCCAGCAAAGACAAACCAUAUGAUCCGAGCAAGGAUUCCGUCAUGCAACGCAUUAAAUUCUUCUUUGGCGGCGAGCUUCCCACGUCAUGA